UUCUUACAGCUAUCGGUCGCGCCGGCGGGUGGGAUCAGGGGGACUUGGUUCUGGCGAUGAGGUUGCUCCCGCGGCCGCCGGGCGAUCAAGCCGGUGGGAGUGCGCCCUUCUUCGGCAUCGACGUGCCGAGCGGCUACGUUUUCUUCUCCGGCGGCCAGAACCAGAUCGCCAGUUCCGACGGCGACGGGUCUGCAAUGAGCCCAUGGUGCGUUGUUUGCAACAAUGCCGCGGGCACGCUUUGGGACUGCCUGCCCAUCUGCGAGGCUUGCUACCACACGGCUCGCUACAACAGGGAGGUCUACAGGGCUCGCAUGCAGAUCGGCAAUGCCAGUGCGGCUCAGGCUCAGGCUCGGGCUGACGCUCAGGCUCUCAAGGAUCAGGCUUAUCAGGCUAUGGCUCAGGCUCUGGCUCUGGCUCAGGAGCAGGCUCUGGUUCAGAAGGCUCAGAAGGCUCAGCCUCAGCCUCAGGCUCUGGUUCAGAAGGCUCAGAAGGCUCAGGCUCAGGGUAUUGCCAUUGAUCAGCAGCGGCCAUUGAUCACGCUCUACCCCCGCCACGCCCCGCGACCAAGUGGAUGCCGUUAUUGCGGAUAUCGUCAUUGCGGGCUGCAGCCCACGUGCGAGACUUGCUGUAGAUUGAUGAAACUAUAAACUUGAGUAGAUCCAUCGAUGAAACUAUAAACUUGAGUAGAUCGACGAAACUAUACAUA